AUGUGCUGGGCCAUAUCAGGAAACUGCGUUAAACCAGCGGGCAGAGGAACUUCGGAACAUGAGCAGUUACAGCAACAGCAGAUAGAGCUGGAUGCUCAGAAGAAGGAAUACCAACAGGCUGUUAUGCAAAUGGAACAGAAAAAAGCCCAACAGACGGGAGCUGAAGCUGCUGCUGGUCCAAACGGGGAGCUGAAGUUUCAGCCUGAAGCACCACACGCAGAAUCAGAACAUGCCAAACCAGUGGAAGAGCAACCCAAACUAGCAGAACAGCAACAGAAAUCAGACGUUCAUCCUGCAGCCCCAGGAGAGGCAGACGGUCACCCAGCCGGACAGAAGGAGCCUGAGGUACCUCACAGCCAAGGACAAGACCAGCAAGCACAUCCUGGUCAGCCAUAGGGGGAAAACCCAAAGAGGACAGUGUGUGGAGGCACAGACCAGGCAAAUCUCUAAGCAGAUAUGCUGAGAAGAUCCUUCUUGCUCGGCCUGCCACCCUCCUGAAA